AAGGCACCCCAGGAAAAAAGGAACAAUAAACACAGUAUGACAAGAUCUGUUGUUUGAUUUUUCACGAGCGUAAAAUAUAUCCCCAAAGCACAGGCUUCCAAGCUUAGUAACAUUGUACCGUUAUACCGUGACCUGUGACAGCUCAACUUCCGAUACUGAAACUCGAUGGGAGAUCGAAAUUGAGUUUUAAAAUAAUUUAUGCCUAUAAUAAUAAUAUACUGUCUCUGUGCGAUUUUAUUAAGUUCUUUGUACAAUGAAACAAAAAGUUUCAUUACUAGGCAUUAUAUUAUAAAUCCCAUAAUAUUAAAGUAUAUAUUUCCAGCAAUUUCUCGAGUUUUCGCACCGGAAGCGCUAGUGCGUGCAAUAAUUACCAAAAACAGUUUGGUGGCGCAGUUAGACAUACUUAAGAUCAGACUGACGCGCGUGACAGGAGCUAAAUCACUGUGCAAACAACUUAGAUAAUAUGUGGUGGUGAUUAUUCCAACAGGUAAUGAAAAAAUCUCGUAGGUAGAGUAGAUGAAAACAGUCCUACGUUGCCGUUGAUUGUACACUACAGGGGUGGUCGAUCAUCUGACACAGGCUUAGAAACCCAAACACGUGUAAUAUGGAUCUUCAGGAAUAGAAGGAGGAUUAUAAGCGACAAGCCAAACCAAGGUCAUGAAAUCACAAGGGAUCCCUUAGCAACCGUAGAUAACCCGGUGGAUAACGAAAACUUGGAUGUUGCUUUAAAUCCCUUGGCUUCCAUUGUUCACCUAGCUUCUGAAGCAAGCUCGAUGGUAGCUAAGGGCAACAUUGUUGCUAGGGAUGCCGGUCUUGUGGCUACGCAACCCAAGAAGGAUAGUGCGUACGCCUGGGUCGUAUGUGUCUGCGGUUCCGUGGCAAGCAUCUUAGCGAUGGGAUGCGCUUUUGCAUCUGGGAUAUUGUAUCCGUAUUUCCUGGAGGAAUUCAAGGAGAGCAAGGCGGUCACAGCGUUUGCAGGUGCACUUGCCAUCGCAAGUGGCUGCGUGUUUGGACCCCUCGCUGGGAAAAUCUGCGACCGCGUUGGAUCACGGGUAGCAAUGGUUUUUAGUACUCUGCCUUGCGCAGCAGGCCUCCUCGCGUCAGCCUUCGCUCCAAAUAUGGUCACCCUCUAUUUCACGUACGGCUUAGUCUUUGGAUGUGGCUCCUGUGUGGUUUAUUUUGCUGCGUUGGUAUUUGUCCCUCGAUAUUUCGACCGACGACGAUACAUUGCGACCGGGAUGGUAACGUCAGGGCCUGGGGCGGGCCUCUUUGUUAUAAGUCCGAUAACUGAAGCGCUAUGCGAGAACUUCGGAUGGCGUAAAACUAUGAUGUCAUUUGCCGCGAUAAUGCUCUCCCCAGGAUUACUCGGUCUAGUCUUUCCAAAGGAUAAGGAUCGUGUAAGGAGGGAGGGGGAUUCGACAUGCAAACGAGGCUGUCAAGUGAUAGAUUUGAGUUUGUUUAAGAACUGGCUCUACCUGUUGUACACGGCCGCUCUAACCGUUCUUGUAUAUGGACACACAAGCCCGAGCGCGCAUUUGGCAAAAUACUAUCGCGAACUUGGACUGCCAGGUAACCGCUCCUCUUGGCUUUACUUCUUGAUGGGGUUGACGUCAGUUGUUUCCAGGCUCCUGACCGGGCCGCUGUGUGACUCCAAAUACGUUUCGCCGUCAAUUGUCUUCCAGAUAGGAGCUCUCAUACUUGCAAUAGACAUCCUGCUGUUGCCAUCGGCAACGAGUUACGAGUGGUUACUAGUCUUUGCUGUUGUAUACGGGACCUCAGAAGGCAUGACCAUGACGUCAAAUCACUGCAAUAUCAUUAGCUUGUUGCCGUCACAUCUGAUUGGACAUGGAUUCGGGUGGUAUAUUGCGAUAAUCGGAAGCGGGUAUUUCAUUGGUCCAAUUAUUGGCGGUCUGAUAGCAGAUGUGACUGGAUCUUACAAAGCCUCGUUCUAUGCCGCUGGCUCGCUUGUGUUCGCGGGCUUCUGUUUGCCGUUUCUUGCAAGAUUCUGUCCUCGUUCUAGUACGCAAGCUCAGGAGUUGGAACUUGAUUGGUCAGGAGCUACCCUCAUAGUGACGGAAAGGGAGACUUGCUUGUAAAAUAUUCUACGCAAAUAAAACAAUAGGGACAUUUCGCAACUACGACGGUAUCGAGAACGGUGUAUAAGCUCACGAAUUGCUCAAAAACGGCUUUGUCGUCCGUGACCGCAAAUCUAACGGCAUUUUCCUUAGUUUAACGUUGUACGCGCGGACGGACGUCAACGGGCGUAAGUAUUCGCGAGCACGAGCGCCGUUCUGUAUGCCGUCGCCGUGAUCGUUGCGUAAUGUCCCUGUUAUCACAAAAUAGCUUCCUACUAGAGAUGUAGGAAAUCGUGGAACCUUUAUUGUUAAAAUUUAUUUUUCCUUGCCCAAAAGAGUCUACUAGUCGUCAAAGUUCAAAUUCUAUUGUGCCUGUUAGAAAGAACUUAUUGGAGGGCUAGACAAGUUUCAAAUUCUAUUGUGCCCGUUAGAAAGAACUUAUUGGAGGGCUAGACAAGUUUUAAAUUCUAUUGUGCCUGUUAGAAAGAACUUAUUGGAGGGCUAGACAAGUUUCAAAUUCUAUUGUGCCCGUUAGAAAGAACUUAUUGGAGGGCUAGACAAGUUUCAAAUUCUAUUGUGCCCGUUAGAAAGAACUUAUUGGAGGACUAGACAAGUUUCAAAUUCUAUUGUGCCCGUUAGAAAGAACUUAUUGGAGGGCUAGACAAGUUUCAAAUUCUAUUGUGCCCGUUAGAAAGAACUUAUUAGAGGACUAGACAAGUUUCAAAUUCUAUUGUGCCUGUUAGAAAUAACUUAUUGGAGGGCUAGACAAGUUUCAAAUUCUAUUGUGCCCGUUAGAAAGAACUUAUUGGAGGGCUAGACAAGUUUUAAAUUCUAUUGUGCCCGUUAGAAAGGACUUAUUGGAGGGCUAGACAAGUUUCAAAUUCUAUUGUGCCUGUUAGAAAGAACUUAUUGGAGGGCUAGACAAGUUUUAAAUUCUAUUGUGCCCGUUAGAAAGAACUUAUUGGAGGGCUAGACAAGUUUUAAAUUCUAUUGUGCCCGUUAGAAAGAACUUAUUGGAGGGCUAGACAAGUUUUAAAUUCUAUUGUGCCCGUUAGAAAGAACUUAUUGGAGGGCUAGACAAGUUUCAAAUUCUAUUGUGCCCGUUAGAAAGAACUUAUUGGAGGGCUAGACAAGUUUCAAAUUCUAUUGUGCCUGUUAGAAAGAACUUAUUGGAGGGCUAGACAAGUUUCAAAUUCUAUUGUGCCCGUUAGAAAGAACUUAUUGGAGGGCUAGACAAGAUUUAAAUUCUAUUGUGCCUUUUAGAAAGAACUUAUUGGAGGGCUAGACAAGUUUUAAAUUCUAUUGUGCCCGUUAGAAAGAACUUAUUGGAGGGCUAGACAAGUUUUAAAUUCUAUUGUGCCUGUUAGAAAGAACUUAUUGGAGGGCUAGACAAGAUUCAAAUUCUAUUGUGCCCGUUAGAAAGAACUUAUUGGAGGGCUAGACAAGUUUCAAAUUCUAUUGUGCCUGUUAGAAAGAACUUAUUGGAGGGCUAGACAAGAUUCAAAUUCUAUUGUGCCCGUUAGAAAGAACUUAUUGGAGGGCUAGACAAGUUUCAAAUUCUAUUGUGCCUGUUAGAAAGAACUUAUUGGAGGGCUAGACAAGAUUCAAAUUCUAUUGUGCCCGUUAGAAAGAACUUAUUGGAGGGCUAGACAAGUUUCAAAUUCUAUUGUGCCUGUUAGAAAGAACUUAUUGGAGGGCUAGACGCAAAGUAGUAUUCGGAACGGGCUUGAGAAAAUGUAAUUUUAAAGGUUGCAAAAUAGUGUAAGGAAUACAAAGAAUUAUCAAAAGAAAUUCGAACCCUUUUUCACUUCUCUAAUCGCUAAUUUUUUUUAGAAUAACAACAUAACAACAUAUGUCCUGUUAGAGUUGUUUUCAAAAUCCUGCGCAACAAAAUGCAAUUGUUAAAGUGUAAUAGUCGAGCCAAAACAAAAAAUAGAAAAGACAUUACCAUUUAUUAGUACUAAAUAAACUAAGUAGUAUUUCACAGGUUUUUGAAAAACAAACAUUGGAGACAUACUGGACUUACUAUUAUUAUCUGCAAACACCCUAAAUAGACUUGGUCGAAGAAAGAUGUCAAUUAAAAACAAAUAUAAACGA